AUGAAAUUCUUUGCUUUCGCUUUGCCUUUGGCCGCUACCCUGCUGCCCCUCGUCAACUCCGCUACGAAGGACGUCAAGUCUAGCUUCGUUUCGUGCUCUAACAGCCUCGUCCCGAGCCCUCAGCUAGCCUCGAAUGCCUCGACCAAUGUUUGUGGAGCAAACUGCACGACCAACUGCUUCACCCCGUCGGGCGGAGGACCGGACCCUAACGAUUGCCAAGUCAUCUCUAAUGCCUUGUUGUACGAAACCAACAACAGCGUCCCCACGUUCAAUGCGACCUUGAACACCACCGGUGUCUACAUGCAAUACCAGACCUGCGAGACCUUCUUCCUCAAUCAGGCUACCACCAACUUGACUUACUGCAACCAAGACUGGGCCCAAGUUGUGGAAUAUGUGGCUUUCAACUGCCAGGCGACCCAAAAUGCACACGGUGGUAACUGCGUUGCCGAUGACCAGCGUUGGUUCAUCCAGGUUCAAACUGCGAACGCAACGUCGUCAUCGUAA